AUGAAUACUCAAAUCCUAUCUCAAAAAACUCGUUACUCGGCUUACAUUGUGUACAAGACAAUAUAUAGAUUUCAUGGCUUUAAACACAUUGGAGUUGGAUUUAUUGGACAUGGAACUCCCAAAGCCAAAAGGUGGGAAAGAAAGGAUCUAGGGAAUGAUUGGUUGGGUUGUAAAAAAAAAUUUAAAGCUUCUAAAAAACAAAAAUUCUACAGCAAUAAAUCUACAUUUACAGACAAACCAAUCACCCACUUAAUAAAACUUGAGGAGGGGGAAGAUGGGUGGAUGGCGACAGAGUUUGGGGAAUUCUUCGCUGAAGGAGGAGGAUUAUUGGAUUGUGAUGAAAUUGUGUUGAGUGUUAUCGAUAUUGAUUAUGCUUAUUGGAAGUGUGGUUUGAUCAUUCAAGGAAUUGAUAUCCGCCCUACGAAAAGCCCAUAA